ACGAACGUUGAAUCACUAUUUUGAAUUUAGCGCCAUUUUCUAUUAUUUGCUACAAUGAUGUGAAGUUGUUGAGGUAAGUAAUGCCAACCUCGGGAAUCAUAAAUUAAAUUGGAAUAGUUGUUUCGAGAUCAUUUGUGAGAUUUAACAGAAUAGUUUUGUCAAACUUUAUUUAAUAAAAAGAUUUUAGCAGAUUAUAUGCAAUUACGAAAAAUCUCGAACUUGGUUUAGAUGAUAUUAUAACAAUAUGUGUACCGGCCAAUUAAAAAAAAUAUGUCAUUUGGGACCACUCGUUGCUUUAGGAAUGAUAAAAAUUAUCACAAUGAUGACGAUACAUUGUAGUAGACAAUGCUGGCCACCUGAAGAAAGUUUUGGGGCAAAAGUAAAUUUUUGUUUAUUUUUUAUCCUUAGCGGAUGUACUCUUUUUCAUUUUAUUAGUGCAAUUUCUGAGGGUCCUGGUUUUUUACCACUAAAAUGGAUGCCGGAGAAAAUAACAGAUACUCAAUUUUUGCAAUAUUGUACAAUUUGUCAAGGAUAUAAAGCACCAAGAUCUCAUCAUUGCAGGAAAUGUAAUCGUUGUGUUCUAAAAAUGGAUCACCAUUGUCCAUGGAUAAACAAUUGUGUUGGUCAUCAUAAUCAUGGACAUUUUACAGCAUUUUUAGCAAGUGCAGUUGGUGGCUGUUCCAUUUCCAUCUUCAUAUUAUUUUCUUGGGUUGUAACUUUAUUAUCAGUCAAACCUAUACCAUUCCCAUCACCACCUUUUUUUAUUUUGGUUUUAGUUAUUUUUACCAUUGGUUUAUCAAUUGGUGUGAUUUUAACAGUAGGAAUGUUACUUUUCUUUCAAAUGAAGGCUAUUCUGACAAACAAAACAGAAAUAGAGGAUUGGAUAGUAGAGAAAGCAUAUCAUCGUAGAUUUGGUACUGAUGAGAAAUUCGUCUAUCCAUAUUCAAAGGGAUGGCUAUUUAAUAUGAAACAAGUUUUUACUUGGGAUUGUUCUCCUGUAGGUGAUGGCAUACAUUGGCCUGUGAUUGAUAGUUGUGAUCAAUUCACAUUAACGAAAGAGCAAUUAGUACAAAAAGUGGAUAAACGGAAAAGGGCGCGUAAAUUUAGAAUAAUAGAACCUUCUUAUGGCUCAUGGGUACCAAUUCGAUAUGGUUGUGGUGUAUUGUGUAAUCCUCCUUAUACAGACGAAACACGAAUUAAAUUAAACGUAGGAGAUGUUGUGAUUGUUACUCGUUGGCGAAGAUAUUGGUUGUUCGGAGAAAAGGAGCAAGAGAUUGUAAAUGAUGUUCCCGUAAAACGAAUACGAGGAUGGUUUCCACGACCUUGUGCAAUUGAAAUCAUAGAAAAUAGUCAAUAUUCUUUCAAAUCAUCUAAGUCUGAUUAAUUCUUUAAAUGAUGGUGCAUUUAGGUAUAUAAUAGUAAAAUAUAGAAAAUAAGUAAUGCUAUAUCUAUCAGGCAAUUAAAAAAGGCAAUAUCUGUAAUUUUUUGACAUUUGGAUUUAUUUAUAUCGUUGGAUUUGUUUUGUAUAGCUCAAUCACAUGUCACAAAAAAAAGUAGUACGAAAAAAUCUUAUGAAAUAUUAUUCGAGAAAAUUAAAUACUGCUUUCACGUUCUCAGGAUAGUUUAUUAGUUUAUUAUAAAGAAAAGCAAAUAUUAAUAAAAGAAAUGAAGGUAGUACACCGAAUAUUACUACUUUCUUUCUAUAGAAAACGAUUUUUUUAAGAAAUGUAAAUAAGUAUUUUAAAGACGUUUUUUUUUCAAAACUAACUCAAAAUUCUUCAAACUUUCAAAAUUCUUUUAAAGAUACUGCCUUUUGCAAUUACAUGAUAGAUGCACAAGUAUUAUAUUUUCAUUGGUGUGUCGUGUUCUUAGUGUGAUAAAUGAAUAUGCAUCAACCAUUAAUAUCAUUUAAAAAAAAAAAAGUAGAUAAGAAUGCUUUAUAUGUAUUUAUAUUAAGACUAUAAUUUAUAUAAUUACAUUUCGUAAAAUAUGAAAUAAUCAAACUCAGGUUUAAAGCACGUUAUAUAUGCUCAUGACAUUUAAUCCUUUAAAUUAAAUUACAGAAAAAGUCAAAGAUUUAGUUUAGUGAAAUAGCUGAAUGAAUUUGAUAUAGAUAGUAAAUUAUUAUUUAUACUUUUAUAGAUUACAAAUGAUGAGAAUUUAUGAUAUAUAUGAAAUUGUAUCUAAUUAAUAUGCUUCAUCAUACUUUUAGUUCAGCCCUAACAUUUGUUGGAAUUAUUAUGCAUUAUAUCUAAUUCCUAUGACAAUAAAAAAUAAGAUAUUCUCAGGUAUAUUCUCAGAUAUAUUCUCAGUAAACUUUAAACAUUGUUCUCAGGGAUAUUAGUUUUCCAUGUAGGAGUUUUAAUCAUCAAUCUGAACAAACGAACAAAUAUUAAUGUAAUAGUAAUUUUAAUCUACAUCAGAUAUAUUAAGCCCCUUUUAUUUAUAUUUUUAUAUAUUAUGUAUGAUAUAACGAUUUUAAGUCUGUGAUAUUUUUACUACUGCUAUCUACUUUAUACUUGUAUUGAGUUCAAUGUAAAAAGUGCUCUUAUGUUGCUCAUAUACACAAAAGUACUUAUAUUAAACUUAUAAUAUUUAUGUUACUUUGUUAAUAUUAAUAUACAAAAUAUUAUUUAUAUAUAAUUUACAAUGAUAGACAAGAAAAGCACUAAUAAUGUAAUAUUACACAGAAUGAUUUAAAAACAAUGAUUUUAUGUAAAAUUAUUAAACAUCAUA